AUGGCAUAUCGGUGUGGGCUCAAGGAGAAGACGCACAUUCUCACGGACAAUGCCACUCAGCACUUCGUGAGCUUUGCUGAGACGGACAGGGCCGGCGGACUCUGCCAGACUCUGGAGCAGAAUGUGGAGAAAGACUGCAACACCUGGUACGGAGAAACAGAAUGGAAAUGCGCUGGAGGUGUCUACAUCUUCAGCAAGGACAUGAAAGCUGCAAGCCGUGACAGUAUGACGUGGUGCGAUGACGAGGAGCCUUGGCCUUGGCACUGGGGUGAGCUGCAGUGCUCGGAGCAUGUGGGCUCCGAUGGCACUUGGGUGCUGAUGUGGUGCUCGCACUGCCUAGGUAGCUUUUGCUUGCCACCCUUGACCUACAUGUCCAUGAUCACGGGGAUGAUGGUGCUUGGCGCUUGCUGCAGCUGCGCGCUUUGCUGCCGCUGCAUUUACAAGGAGGCAGACAAGCACGACAUUCCACAGCGCGUCCGCAACUCCAUCCUGCCGCCCGCAGCACCAGUGCCGGAAGCAGAACAAGGGCUGGAGCUGAAUAACAUGGCUUCUGCAGCUCCCCUGCAAGGUGGGUGGGGACUAUUUUGCUCCACCUCCACCCGUCCGGACCUGCCUGGUCCAGAUCUCAUGAUGAGCCUGGAGGAGCUGGGCGAGGCUCACUCCAAGUCGCAGAGGCUGCUUGACAGCUUGGCACGGAUACCCGUGCUGCUCAGCGAUGAGGAGGCUUGGGCUGGCGAGCGACGUGAGGUUUUCGGACUGCUGCGACGGGGACUCGUAGACUGCAUCACCACGGGAUGCUUGGAGGCUCCGAUAUUUGGCAACCUCCAGAUCGAGAGCGCCUUUAUUUUCCUUUUGACUUUGGGCUCACGAUCAGAGCGGCGACAGGAGAGCGUGCUGACCUGCUUCAAGGCCCUUCGCACCUCCGAGAGCUGGGCCAUGGCGCUGCGGGGCUCGAGGAAGGUCCUGGAGCUGCUGAAGGAGCUCCCGGAGGAAUUCCGGGCGCAGGUCCUGGAUGUCGCCGAUGCCUCGGAACUGGCGCUGCUUCUUGGCCGGGAGAAGAAGAAGAAGAAAAAGAAAAGCAGGUCAACGACGGAGCACGAAGCGCCGACCGCUCAGGAGGCACAAACAUCGCAGGAGGCCCAGAAGGCUCAGGAGGAGUUGGAAGAGAACUCGCAGUCUUUGUCUGCGGAUUUUAUCGGCAGCUGUACAUGUCCAGAGGACCUGCUGGCGGAAACCUUUUCGCAGUCUGACGGUGGCCUGGAACUUCGCAGAGCCAGCCGCACCUGCCCUGAGGAUCUCCUAGCGGAGCCCUCCUUGUCGCUGUCCAUCCACACUCCUGAGCCAGAGGCCUCCAAGCCGCCCUCGCCAGCGUUGCCCAGCGCAGCUUUGCAGAGGCCGCCCCUCGCAGGCGCUGCCGUUGGCACGCCUUCACGCGUGCGGAACUUCGGGGGCGGCUGGCCACUCGAGAGCCCGGCCUCCAAGCCGAAACGCCCAGGUGAGGCGCGUCGAAAGAAGGACUUUGCUGAGCUUGGACCAAGGUGCCCAAAUGGCAAAUCCAUGACGAGGGAGCAGAUGAUGAAGGAGGGGCAGCUGCGGCGGAGUCGCGACAGCGGCAGCCGUACGCCUGCAUUGCGGCGCCUGCUAUCAGGAGGUGCCGCCUCUCCACCCAGUGGCGCCGACACGCCCAGUGGCCUCAUCGGCAGGAUGGCACAGCGACUUUUACCCAGUCGAGCCUCCCCCAGUCCAAGCGCUCCUCACCCCAUGCGUGACUUUGGUGGAGGCGACCGUUUCGGUGUGGUUGCAUCCAACAAGGUCAACAAGGAGUGA